AUGGGUUUCAACAGCAAGUUCUUGUUUUCCUUGAUUGUUCUGGCUGUUGUGGUUCCUUUAAUGGGGAAUGCUUUUGUUUGGAAUGUUGGUGAUGAUGCUGGUUGGUCCGGUCAGGCUCAAUAUGAUUACCAUUAUUGGGCGCUGGGAACAAUGUUUCUAGUUGGUGAUGACAGUCUUCGAUUUGUCUAUGAUCCCAACGCCACUAAUGUCAUGGAGGUGAGUUAUUGUGAUUUCAAAUCAUGUAAUCCAUCAUCGCCACUGGCCACCUACAACACUGGGAACGACACACUUCCAAUAACAAAACUCCACCAGUAUUUCAUCAGUGGCAAUCCUGUUGACUGCAACAAUGGCCUCAAGGUUGAUAUUACAGCUUAUAAUACAUCAUAUUAUAGGUUUUGGCGGUCCGGCCCUGAAUAUGGCCCCGAUGGCUAUGUCAACGUACCCAAUUUUGAUAACGAUACAGGUACCUUAACCUUUCCUGAAACCAUGUCAUGUGAUUCGAGCUAG